CAUUUAGUGUCAUUUGUCAACCUUCUGUGGUAUUUAAUUUGCUUUGUUUUUGUCUGCAGUGCAGACUGCAGCUGAUUUUAUAAAUUUUAAGAAUGAUAAAGUGGAAAUAAACUGUGAACUCGUACUAUUUCAAAUAAGGAAUUAGGUUAAACAUUUUUAGUGAUAUGAGUAUUUUUAUUAAUGCUUUAAAAAAUAUUUUACAUAGGAUGUUGCAGCUGCUUUGGUUUGGCAAAAAAACUAUAACCAAUUCUCUAAAUAUUUACAUUAAAACCAGCGGUGGAAGCACAUUAUGCGUAGAUUUAGAUCCUAGUUGGGAUAUAAAAAACCUUAAAGAAUAUGUAGCUCCUAAAUUGGGAUUAGAACCUGAACAAGUCAAAAUCAUUUUUGCAGGAAAGGAACUUGGUGAUCGAAUAACAAUAGCGGAAUGUGAUUUGGGUGAACAAAGUAUUCUUCAUGCAGUUAAAGUAAAAACCAGAUCCAAAUUGUCGAAAUUAAGUGAAACUGUAGUUGAAGAAAAUGAAGAACAGGGAAGCGAACCAUUGUGUAACACUUUAAAAGAUGUUAUGUUUUCCAAUCAGGACAAUAUAAGAAAUGAUAUUCUAGAAAAUAAUUUAAAUGAAUAUCGUAAGCCUAAGGUCCACUUUUUUGUAUAUUGUCCUACUUGUAAAGCUUUGAAAUCUGGAAAAAUUAGGGUAAGGUGCAAUUUCUGCAAAAGUGGUGCUUUUACUGUGCAUUCUGAUCCACAAAACUGGAAUGAUGUUUUGGAAUCAAAACAGAUCACUGGACUUUGCGAAAAUAGUCCCGAAUUUUGCGCUGAUAUUCUAAAUAAUCGAGAGCCUACUUUUGCAGAGUUCUAUUUUAAAUGUUCUGAGCAUACAUCAUUGGGAGAGAAAGAUGGAGCUGUGCCUUUGUAUUUAAUUAGACCUAAUUUAAGAGAAAUUCCCUGCUUAGCUUGUACAGACAUCCGAGACCCUGUUUUUGUCUUUCCUUGUGCUGAAGGCCACGUUACAUGUCUGGACUGUUUCCGACAAUAUUGCUCAACAAAACUAAUGGAAAGACAAUUUUGGCAACAUCCAGAGUAUGGCUACACUCUAGCCUGCCCUGCUGGAUGUCCAGAUUCUUUUCUUAAAGAAGUACACCACUUUCGAUUAUUGUCCGAAACUCAAUAUGCACAAUACCAGCGUUUUGGAACGGAAGAAUUCGUUUUAAGAUCUGGCGGAGUACUAUGUCCUCAACCAGGUUGCGGUAUGGGAAUUAUACCAGAUUCCUAUUGUACAAAAAUUACUUGUAUCAAUGGCUGUGGUUAUGUUUUCUGUCGACAUUGUCUUCAGGGCUAUCAUAUAGGAGAAUGUCAGAAUUCUGACAACGAGGAUAGUACAAAUCCAGAGAGUUGUAGCUACAAUGUAGAUCCUGAAAAGGCCGCAGAGGCUAGGUGGGAUGAAGCAUCAAAAAGGGCGAUAAAGGUAUUGACAAAACCUUGCCCAAAAUGUAGAACACCCACAGAGCGAGAUGGUGGAUGUAUGCAUAUGAUUUGCACACGUGCGGGUUGUGAAUACCAUUGGUGUUGGGUGUGCCAAACUCAGUGGACUCGCGAGUGUAUGGGAAGUCAUUGGUUUGGGUAAUUAUAAGAAAAAAGGUUUUUAUUCAUUGUUAUUUUUGUUUGAAAAAUUGACCUAAUAAACUUAUCAAGUUUU